AGUUGUUAUUUGCGUUCCUCUGGCGUAGCUCAGUUUUUGGUAUGGAUAGUUCCAAAAACGGGUCUCGGGGAGCUGCCUUCAAGUACGGACCGGCUGUCCGGAUCGGAAUCGCCGUCCUGGUGCUGCACACCGUCGGCUGGUAUGGAUGGAAGGCGGUGAACCAGGGGGCGGAGUCCAAGGAGGCGGCAGCGAAGGCCAAACACGAACAACUGCGAGCGGCCUUUGCGGAAAAGUGACAUAAUGAUGGCUAUAACAGUGAUAAAUCAAUAAUUGCUAACAAGCCGCCAGAGACUGAGUGAAUUAAUAUUAAGUAAUUAAUGCUAAAAAGCGGACAAAUAGAAUUACAACUUAUAACAAAAAGAAA